AUGGACGUCGGCGACGCGGCUGGCUCCACAAUCACCACGGACGAAGCUUCCGCAGCAGUUGCCCCAGCCUUCGAGUUCGCGCCCACACCUUCCCCCCCCGGGGUGCUCCGGGCGAUCGACAUGCUCGCCAUCAAUUCCGCCGGCAGCGCUGGAGGCGGAUCGCCCUCCUCGCCUGGUUCCCCGAUGAUGGACUCGUCUGAAACUCCGGCACCAGUCAGCGGCGGCGGCGGCGGCGGCGGCGGCGCGAUGGGCGUAGGAGUUGGAGGGGCGGAGAGCGUGACCUCCGCCGCGGCCGGCAGCAACGAGUCCGCCUCCGAGGAGGGCGUCUACGAGGGCGGGAGCGCCAGGGCGGCUUCGAGCAGCGAGAGCCGCGCGGGCAGCCGCCGCAGCCGCGACCGCAGCAGCAGCGACGACAGCAGCAGCGGGAGAUCAACCAGGCAGCGCCGGGCGGGAGGAGGAGGAGGAGGAGGAGGAGGGGGAGGAGGAGCGAGCGGGCGGUCUUCGAGACGGAGCCGCUACCGGGACGAGGGGAGGCAGCACAGCGGCGGCAGCAGCGUGAGCAGCCAGUCCCCGAGGUGGGACCGGGCGGGGGGGGGAGGAGGAGGAGCGUCACCGAGACGUCGAGGAGGAGGUGGAGGAGGAGGAGGGGAUGGUUCGCCGAGACAAACCCCGGAGCCUUCGAAGGUGCUCCAUGUACGAAAUGUCGGCUACCCGGUUGUACAGGGGGACCUCGUAGCGCUGCUGAGCUGCUUCGGCCAGGUGGAAAAGUUAAAGAUGUUUAGUGGCCAGGCGCUUGUCCAGCUGCCAAGCGUGAGCGUCGCGAAGGCCACGAUGCGGCAUUACGAGGAAGACGCCGAGCCGAAGAUCGGGCAGAAGCGGGUGUACCUCAACUACUCCCGCUCCCGCUCGAUCGAGACCCGCGAUGGCGAGAGCCUGGCCGUCGGCGCCACCGCCGGCGGCGGUAACUUCAACAGCAACAACAGCGGUGCCAGCAACGGCGGGGGCGGCGGCGGCAACGUUAACGGCGGCAACAACGGGUUGGACCUUGCCCGGGCGAUUAACGCCGCCCGCGGGGUCGGCGGGAUGGACGGGGGCAGCACUGGGAACCCGAUGCAGGAAACUCCGAGCCCGUACGCGCACCUCAUCAUGGAGGACCACGCCAAGCUCCUCGGUCUCGCGACCUGCUACCUCCAGACGUACGGCAUCCCCGGCGGAGAGGGAGCCAUCCUCAACAUCAACCAGCGGGAGGAGAUGGCCGAGCGGCAGCGGCAAGCCAUGGCGGCCGCUUUCGCGCUCACCGGCGCCAACGGCCACGCCCUCCACCACGCAGGCAUGGGCGCCUGGAACGGCAACGCGGCGGCGGCAGCGGCGGCAGCGGCGGCGGCGGCGGCGGCUGAGGCGGGUCGCCACUCGCGUGGUGUUUCCGGGGGAGGGGGCGGGGGUGGCGCGGGCGGCGCGGGGGGCGUGUUUUCCACCGGCUACGGGGGGAGACCAAGGUCCGGUAGCCGCGGGCGAGCUGGGGAAGGUCUCGAUCGCUUACGUCGUUAGCGGGGGAUAUGGCAGCGGCGAGCGUGAAACGGUUUUGCUGUGGUUUUGCCGCUGCGGCGACGGAGGUCGGUCGGUCGGUCGGUUGGUCGGUGUACGCCGACGCCUCGACGUUCAACCCAAUUGGGAGAGCUUGUUACUUGGCUGUCCUGUGUGUGGUACAAAUAUGGCGCCCCUCCCUCCCUCCCUCCCUAAACACUUGUGACACGAUGAGCCUCCCGUGUAGCAUAUUACGGCUCCUCACGAGUGGAAAAGUUGAGGCGAUGUGUCGGUCGCGCGUGGGAGCGCGUCCAGCGUGAAGAAGCACCGUUGUGCUCUUCGGACCAUGAAGAAGUUCUUCGAACAACGAAAAAAGACAAAGAGAGUCUAGACAGGCAUGACUGAUGACCUAUUUCUAUCAUGCGUGGCAUAUAGAAAGCACUCCGUCUCGGCUGCAUUCGCCAUGACUUGGGACUAGAUGAUUUCUCUAGGACUGCUGUGUUGAGAACGAAGACACGCGAUGCCCCGGUUUUCGAUGUAUGGCGUUUUUUUGUUUUGUUUUUUGUUGGAACUCGCGUUCGCCGGUCCCUUACGACAGGGAAGGGAAAGACGGGCCGGAGGUAGGUACUCUUUUUGCUUGGGAAGGUGCUUGUGAAGGGGUGUUCUUUUUCUCGUUUUUAAUAGUCCAUACGAAAAUGCGAUCAUGCUGCUGUCUAGUUUGUUUCGUGUCCGGGGCGUCACGACGGGGAGGUGUAGGUGGCCGGCUGCUGGGGGGAGAGAUAGCAGGAGCCCGCGUCACAAUUUGUCGACCGAUUACAAGUUAAACUGCGAAUUAAUGAACACGUCUUUGUUACUGAUCGAUGCCUUGCGUUUCGGUUCUUUGCGGGUUUGGCAUCAUGUCCUUGAUUGUUGGGUUACUAACAGCGCGCGCGAUGUUGGUUUCUUUUGUACCUUUGUGUCGUUGUUGGUUGUCCUUUUUUGAGCUGGGUUUGUUGUUGCCCUUGUUGCUGGUGGCAGGGUUGGCUUUGGCUGGUGGUCUUGGUUGCUGUGCCUACGGCCUCUCGCGCGCGAGUGCGUGUAUGCCAAUGAUGCCGAGUCUGCUUUUGAGAUGGUGGAAGGAGGGCGGACCCAAUCGUGGCAACAGGUCAAGUGUGGGUAGGGCCGGAGGAGGGUUAAGCCGAGGGUGUUCUUUCUCGCCGCCGCCUCUGCGUGGGUGCGUGCAUGUGUGCGUGUGUUUUCGCGUGCGUUUUUUUCUGCGUUUCUUUGUGCGUGCAUGGUAGACGUGAGAUCUUCCUUUAUUUUGUGUGUUUUUCGCUAUUUCGGUUCGUGUUUUGGUUGGUUUUGACAGAAUAGACGGGGGGCAAUACGUUAUGUGAGCUGGUUUGUGUAUGUACGAUAUUUAGCCUGAACAAAAAAUGAAGAGAGGCAGGCACCCAGUACGUGUUUGUUUCGGUUUGGUGAAAAACAGCAGGAUUGAAAGGCGAGCGAUUUUUACAUGCGGAGGUUGCUCGCCGUAGGCGGUGAUGAGGAACAUAUCGCGUAAAGUGUACUUUUUUUUCGUACAAAGGCCCGAGACGAUUAAAUAAACAUUGUGGGGCUGGUGGCGUAUCGAAAAACAACAACCACGAGCUCUGAUGCAUGCAAAAUAUUUAUUCUCGACGGGAGGGGGGUCUUGUCUUUGAGGGAUUUCAAGUUUUGCGCACACGGAAGUAGGUUUAGAUCGUCGGUACUGAUUCGAGUGUUUUUGUGUGGUGCCUGAAGAUGCAUGCAUGCUUAUAUGCUUAUAUGCUUAUGGGUCCGUAGGGUCUGUAGCGACGCGUGAUAAGCGUCGUCGCCAACAAAGUGUAAGUCCAGGGGCGAUCUUUUCAGACUUGCUUUCAGAGCGUGCCUUUUUGAUGAAUAAAAUGUUGAAACGACACCUAGUUGUUGAUAGCGGGCAGAGAGAGGGCGAGGGCCGUGGAAAUGGUAUCUGAACGACCUGUGGACGUAUACAGUAUGUAUCCUCAAGGUGCUGCUGCCUGUCGUUGGUUCGACUCCAUAUUUUCCCCGCAUGCCUACCCCCUACACAACGCUGCACAAGCUUGCUUUGGGGUUGUUCGUGAGUUCCUUUCUCACGUACACUGCGGGUAAUUUGGUCUUGGUUACUGCGUUUCGAACGUUCGAUUUUUCGUUUGUACGCAUCUUGAUUGAUUGCUGUUGCAGUCCAUUCGCGGACGGUUCACCUUGUUGGCGGAAUACUCUCUGUGCACCCAGCAGCUCAACAGCAACACCAUCAUCGCCGAAAAGAAGCAAAAUGCGGGAAUUAUGUUUGCACCGCCCGUCCGUGCGACAAAAUAAAAAAAAACAGCCCAGCGUCACAUGCGCGUGCCCCCCUUGAGUUAUGGGUCGUGUAAGCCCCCCAUCUCACGUGGAUAUUUAAUUUGUUGUUUAGCGUGGCGAUGCGCUCUUCUCUCUCGCAUCGCAAACAUGCUCGCGAGUGGAACUCGUUGAGUGAGGUCGACAGCAGUCUCAUCAGUCAGGGACAUCCAUCGAGUUUUCGUGGGCCGUGUGUGGUGGGAUGUGAGCCUUACAAAGGUCAACACCUCGUACUAUCUAUCUAUGUGAUCCGUCAGGUCCAAGCCGGCUCGAUUGAUUGGCUCGUAUGUUCCCGCGCAUGUAACCAGUUCAUUUCGGACACAACAAUCUUGCGGUUGCGGAAAAGUCGAGAGCCUCCUGCAGGACACCUGUCGCACGAACGAACCUCGAUUCCUUCUGAUCUCGGACUGAUUUCCAUUGAUUGGUCAUCGUUCAUUUUCAUUGUCAUACGACAUGUAAAUGCACUACAGAACCGAAUAAAAGUGCAAACAACUUUGGCAACCCCGAAACAUGGGGGUUCAAUUGAGUCUGCGCCACCUACCCCAGAUCGACUGCCAUCCGUGAAU